CACUGUUGGUGAAAAUGUCUUUGUUUUUGGCGGUAUCUACCAUGGAAGAGUUGUAGAUGACCUGCACAUGUUUAACACAGUUUCUGAAAUGUGGGUACCGGUUAAAACAUCUGGUUCAUUGCCUGAUGCAAGGUUGGGCAAUGCAUUUGCUACAGUUGGACAACAAUAUACAUGUUUGGCGGCUGUUCAGCAGAUGGAGUAUACCACAGUGAUGUGUACAUGCUGGAUACAGCUACUUUGUCAUGGCAGUGUUAUGAGAUCAAAGGAGAAAGUCCAGAGGGAAGGAAAUUCCACUCAUUUACAGCACAUUGUGAUAAGGAUAUCUACUUGUUUGGAGGCAUCUCAGAUACUGAUAAUGAGACUACAAUGUUGAAAUGUGAUGUGAUAAAGUUAAGUCUUGCAAAAAUGAAAUGGAAGAUGCCGCUCUAUUUUGGCAUUCCACCGGCAUGCAGAUAUAAGCAUACAUCUUUUGUUCUGCAAAGUCAUCUUUUCGUAUUUGGUGGAAGAAAUGAAGAAAAAGACUUCAAUGAUAUGAUGGCUAUGAAACUCAUAAACCCUUCUGACAGACAGCCCAUAAUGAAAGACAUUCUGUUAGAAUGUGGGAUUCAAGGCAUAAGUAAUGGAUAUACACCAACUAAAAUCCCAAAAGUGAAAUAUCAUCUAAGUGAGCUGGAGCCUCCAAAACCCUGUUCUAUACACACUGUUCCUGAAGUUAAAGAAAGCAGCUUCAUUUCUCUUCGUAGUGAAGCGAUAGAAAAAAUAAAAUCAGCCUUUAUCUUGUUAGAUGCUGAAUUUGAAAAAUUUGACCUUGAAAGAGGAAAGUUUGCCCAGGAACAAGCUGCUCUCUUUCAAGAAAAAGAAGAAUUUAACAGACAGUAUAAGCUACGUCAACAGGAACUUCAGGAAAUGAUGGAAAAACACAGGCUACAAAAUGAGGCUUGGCUGAAAGCAAGGGCAGAAGAGAAUGACAAAGAAAGGAGAGACAUUUGUAAACUAAGAGAAGAAAUUCUUCUACAACAGAAAAAGUUAAAAGAAGAAGAGCAAAUGAUUGAAAAACGCAAUCAGCAGUUGAUUUCUAUCAUGCAGCAGUUCAAAGGAAUGUAAAACGCUUUUAUGUUAGUGGCAGAGACAGGAAGAAUAAUCUCAAAUCUUUCAACUCUGUGUUUAUCUGAAAAAUGUGUGAUUUGUACUUGCUAUCAACCAUUCCAAACCAUUACUAACAUGGUAUGCAAUGCAUCUUUCAUAUGUUUUAUACUUACCAUUUGAUGCACUGAAUA